AAUAGACGGUUCCCAAUCCCACGCUUGAUACGAGAGCCUCUCAGUUGCGUCUGGAGAAAGGACACAAACUUCACAGGAUGUCUCAGACGGAAGUUCAAGUUCACCCCGAGAUCGGCGCCUCUUGGAGGGUCAGGCACACUGGUGGUGACCUCGACCUCAACCCUGCGGACGCAAUCUACACGAGAGAACAGUACACAGCGACCAAGCUCAUCGCGAAUGCGCCAAUUGGCAACCCUGGGCCACUGGGCCUGUACGCCUUUGGCCUCACCACAGCCUUCCUCCAGGGUGCUGUCACACAAAUUACUGACCCCCAGCCCACCAAGGACUUUGUUGCCUGCUUUGCUCUCUUCUAUGGGGGUACGAUCCAGCUGCUGGCAGGCAUGUGGGAAAUGUGGAAGAACAACACCUUCGCAGCCACCGCCUUUUCCAGCUACGGCGGCUUUUGGCUGGGAUGGGGCCUCUACAUGAUCCUCCACGCGGCCAAUAUUUGGACUGGGGAGUCCAGCAGCAAGCCAGUGAAGAACUACAGCCUGGUGACGACUGAGGAAAUGAUGCUGAGCCUGUGGGGUAUUCUCACCUUCUGCUUCUUUGUCCAGACCCUGCGCAUCAACCGCGCCCUGCAGACGCUGUUCUUCUCCCUGGCAGUGCUAUUCUUCCUGCUGGCGGGAGGAGUGCGCAACGUGCUGUGUAACAAGGUGGCCGGCUGGGUUGGAAUCUGGGUCGCCUUUGUGGCCUUCUACGCAGCAACUGCCAUCCUCACCGGCGAAGUCUGGGACCAUGAGUACCUGCCUCUGGGGCAUGUCAACAGGACGCAGCAUGCAGCCAAGACCAAAAAGGGCGCCCUUGCGGCGCCGGCCGGCCCCGUCGCAGCCGAGGAAAGGCUGUGAGGGAAAGCAACAAAUGAGCCCAUGGCUUGUGAGGCCACAAACAAAGGACACACCUCUUAUCCGAUUUGAGGCCUUGAAAUGCACGAGCUGCAAGACAUCCAACGAUGCCAAGCCGUUGAUAAACUACAUGUCUUUAAUCCUGACUGACGGCGCAGAUGGAUGAGGGCCAUUAAAUAUACAUAUUGUCAUUAAUGUACAUAAACAGGCGCUAUUGAGACAAAUGCAUAGGUCAGACCGCAUUGUGAGGAUUAGAUAGGCAGCGAGAGAGAGUGACACGGGUGAAUAAGACACAAAAAUCUUCUUGGAGCUUGGAGCAAAGUACACAAAGAUCUAUGUUGGAGGCUCCUGAGUAUAGGAAUUUCUAUUUUCUACUUCCACCGUUACUGUUGAGGGCGUGCAUUGUCGCUGUCAAUACUGGUUGUGUCAUCAGGCAACGAAAUGGGACUCAAGUCGCAUUUGGUUGGUCAUUUCAUUGCCCUCGUCGUGACAAUUUUGAGGUAUGCUAGCAUGCGCUGGUACCAGUAUUUGCUGACUAGUUUAUAAGGGAUAUUUGUGACAGUUCUGUGCACAUGGCUCAGUACAGCGUAGGCUUUCUUCAGUGCCAGCAAUGAAAUGAGGCGAUUGAUGUUACUUCACAUGCAUGCUAUGGCUCUGUCUUGCUAGCUGAUCCUUUCUUGUGACGUAUGCCAUAAGCAGUGCUGUGUGAGCUAUGACGGUAAACGAAAUGAUGCCCAGGCUUGAAUCUUUUAUAGGAACGUGCUUUUUUGAUCUUGUAAGGGACUCGACUUC